AUGGAGCUGCUUUUGCAACGAGUCGCCGCGGCGCGUGCGCUACCCCAAGGCCGCGUCCUCGUGGCCACCUACCGCUCCAAGCGCAGUCAAGCCAAGCGUGAAACUUUCCGUGUUGCCAGCGGACAUUCCGUUAGCGAAAAGAGGAAGAAGAAACAGCAGAAAGAUCAGCGUCAGCCUCAGCGUAAGCCCGAACGACAAGAGGCAUCGCCGCGCGUGGAGCCAUCGCAACCCACACUGGAGGAGAUCGAUCGAGAAUGGGCCAAGAUGCGUCGUCGCACGAUGGUCGUCCCGCCUGCUGUGAUACCGGCGCGUAACCGCAAAGAAAUCGAGAACAAGAGGCGCAUGCGUCGUCUAGGUCUUCUAUCGGAUGACGAGGAAGAGGAGAACGACGGCGUUGGCGCCUUUGAUCCUCGUAACAAGGGAUUUGUGGGUCGACGACCGACGCGCGAUCGGGAGACUCCGUCGCAGUUUCACGGUGGACGAGCUUCUCGAGCGGAGAAGGCGGCGGGGGAGGAGCGAUACCGAAGCACGGGGCGUCUCCCGUCCAGACGACCGGUGGCGAUGAAGGACAAGCAGUUCACUAACAUUCAACAAGCGCCAGACAACGUGGUGGAGCGCGAGUUCUUGAUCCCAGACGAGCCGGCCAAUCCCAAGGCAUUGGAUCUUGCAGUGAUUGGCCGUCCGAAUGCCGGCAAGUCGUCCAUCAUGAACAGGCUGCUGAGCGUGACGGUGUCGGCGGUGUCGCCUAAGUACAACACCACUCGUGACCGUAUUCUGGGCAUCUUUACAGAGGGCGAUGUGCAGCUCUCGUUCUACGAUACGCCUGGGCUUAUUAAACCAAAAGAGAGCCACGAGUACGUGCAGACGCUCGUGACUGCGGCGGCGGAGACACUGCAGGGUGUGGAUCUGUCCAUGCUCGUUGUAGACUCGGUGAAGCGUCUUGACGAGUCAGCUCUACAGGCGUUGGAGAAGGUACUGACAACAUCAGCGCAGGUGUGCUCGCCUACUAUGCUCGUGAUGAACAAGUACGAUCUCGUAGGGAAGCGUGAGCAGCUGAAUCUGGACAUGAAAACGAAAGAGCUUUCUCAGAUGAUUGAGGAGAUCUACUCGAAGCACUACGACGCUGAGGGAUCAUCUUUAAGCAUCGAUCCACUGGCUUACAUCGGUGACAACAGCAUCAAGGUUUCGGCCACGAAAGGCUAUGGGAUGGACACGUUGAGGAAGACUUUACUCUCGCUCGCAGUAGACCGACCGUGGAGUUACCACUCCUCUAUGCAUUCCGAUAUGUCGGACCUGGACUUGGUAACUGAGAUCAUCCGUGAGAAACUUUUCCGCCGAUUCAAUGAGGAGCUGCCGUACUCGUUCGAGCAGGAGAACGUCGGUUGGACGAAAUUCACGGACAAAAGCAUCCGCAUUGACCAAGAUAUCUUCGUUCCUGCUCCUCGCGUCCGCAAGAUGGUGGUCGGACACAACGGCGACACGAUCCGCUCCGUCGGCAUGGCGGCUCGUGACGAGAUCGAGGUUUUGCUGAAGCGUCGUGUGCAUUUGUACCUGAACGUUCGCAAAAAACGCUGCAAGAUGGAAUUUAAGCACGAAGGCAACGCUCUGUUCGUGGACGAAGCGUACGAGGAGGCUGUGCGCAGCUACACGCGUGCGCUGGAACAGCAACCACAGGAUGCGGAUGCUCUUUCCAAGCGUGCGGCGGCAUAUCUCAAGUUGCACAAGCUGCAAGAGGCCGUAGCCGACGCUUCGCGAGCUUUUCAACUGGAUCCGACGCUGCACAUGGCGCACAUGCGGCACGGCGUCGCGUUGUUCGAGCUGGAGAAGUACGCAGAGGCCAAGCGAUCUUUCCAGCGAGGCAAGGAGACAGCGUCUAAUGCAGACGAAGCGCUGGUUAAACGCUUCCAGACUUGGAUCCGCAAGUGCGAUGCCGAGAUGGACACGGACGAUGAGGCCGAGCUUAUUCUCCCCGACGACCCAGAACCAGGGCAAAGCGCAGCACUGCGCAAUCAGAGCGCUGCUGUCGUUGCACCAUCACCGUCGAGCACCCACGUGACGGUCUCGAUCCUCCAGAAGAAACUUAAGCAAGAGGAUGUUGAAGUCACUAUUGAGCCAAAGAAGCUUCUUGUGCGAGUGAAGCUUGAUGACGAGAUGGUGGAGGCCUACAAUGAGGCUCUCUUCGAUGAAGUCGUGGCAGAGGAAAGCUCGUUCAAGGUUCUAAGCUCAAAGGUGGAGUUGAAGCUCAAGAAGAAGAGCAAUGGCAUGCACUGGGACAAGCUCGAGGAGGCCGUGUACCAGUCGGGCGGACAGGUUAUGACCGGUCCUGCUGCUGUCUUUGAGGCGAAGCCGGAUCAUGUGCCACGUCCGUACGCUAGCAGUCGAGACUGGGAUCAGAUCGAAAAGACUAUUGGCGACGAGCUGGAGGCCGAGAAACCCGAAGGUGAGGAGGCCAUGCAGAAGCUCUUCCGCGAUAUAUAUGCCAAGGCCGAUGAGAACACCCGCAAGGCCAUGAACAAAUCCUUCCAAACUUCGGGCGGCACCGUGUUGUCCACCAACUGGAAGGAGGUAGCUGAGAAGGACUACGAGACAGAGCGGACGGCCCCGACCGGAAUGGAGUGGAAGAAAUAUGGAUAA